GUGGCACUUUGCACUGCUGCUGAUCGAAAAGCAAACGACUUGAUGAAGAUUCAAUUACUAAAAACCGAAUGUGCACUUUAUACAAGUUAUGUUUACAAGCACUGAAACAUUAGAAAAAAAAAAAAGAUUAUUGGUUUUUUAUCUUAUAGCCAUAAAAUGACUCUAAUGAUGCAAGGGAAAGAAUGCCCAUAUUUUUAAUUUAUGAAAUACAUUUACACGAACUACUACAAACUUUUACCUUUCUUCCUUGCCUUUCCUUUUCCUUCUUAUUUUUUUGGUAUUCUAGGGUUACUGUACUCUAAUCUUUCUUUUUUCACUUGACUUGAAAGCACCUGUGAACAAAUGUCAAGGGCUCGAAAAGAGUCAGCGCUUCAUUUGACAAUACUCGUAUUGCUUCAAUGGACCAGCAUGUCCGUUGUCAUAUUAAAUGCAAUAGCACUCUAUCUUUUAAAGCACCAGUCUCGACAACCAACAGAGCAGCAACAGCAAGCAUUUGUACAUGGCAAAAUGAGUCUUUCUGACUAUGCUUUACUGAUUUUGGGCUCAGUUUCAUUUGUUGGUUCAACCGUCUACUUCUGUCUGUAUUUGUACUUGUAUAUACAAAUGAGGAAAACGAAACAGUCGCUUUGUCCACCUAAAUGGAUAUCAGCCACCCAAGUCAUCCUAUCAGUGAUAUCAAUUGCUCUAUGGACAGUAGCAUGCUCUGUUAUCUUGACUCAUUCACAAGAGUCUUCAUCGCCUUGUAGAUUUCCCAAUUCACUUCAACCAUACAAUACCAAUAUCAUAUGUAAAGUGUUCGAUACAGGAUUAAUACUAGCUUUUGCCGUCGUCGGUUGUUGGUUGUUGGCCCUGUUCGCCACAUUAUUAAAUUUAAUUCGGUCUCCUAUACCUCCAACUACUAUCUUCACCAUCGAAGCGCCCCCAUCUCGAUUUUCUCAAGGAACACUUUUGUCAAAUAGCAAUUUGUACAAUCGCUCAUCUCUCUCGACCAUAGUUGCCUCAGAUAACAACAGUAACAUAAUGAAGCCAAUCAAUAGUUACACCUUACAAAGUAGCCAUGCACAUAGCAAAAAUAAGAUCAUACCAGAAGACAAGUAUGAUGACAGUAGGAAAUAUAUUAUACACGAAGAGCUGGAGGAAGAAGAGGAUUACGAAGAGCAAAUUCUUGGAUUAAAGCUAACCCAUGACAGCAACCACUUAUUGAACACAUACGUCCCUCGCCAUAGUAAUUAUUACCAACCCCAGUGUAUACCGUUAUCACCGACACCUUCUGAUUCCAUAUCUUACAUGUCAGCUCAGUCUACUUCUUCUUUGAUUAUGAAAAUACCACUCAAUGAUACAGAGCAGAGCCUUUCUACAAUGGAAUCGUUAACUUCUUUACGUGAUUUCAAGCCGAUUCAAUUUGAUUUGCCUAUCAUCAAGUUGGGGAUGCUAUCCCACAUUGGCGUUUCCUUCCUGGACAAUCGUAUAGAUGACAAGAAAAAUAGCGAUCAGAAUAAAUACUAAGUGAGAAUACAUAUACAUUACUUUAAGUUAUUACUAUUAUCAUAAUAUGUUUUUUAAA